CCGCAGGUACAGCUAGGAGCUACCACUCCCAUCGUGUCCGCCGCACAUGCUGGGAGUUGCAGUUCGUCACUGCUCAGGACUGUUUGUGAGUGGCCCCUGUGUCCAGGCAGAUCCCAAGAUUUAUAGAUAACAUCUGAAACCACUCAUGAACAUUCACCUAAGAAGAGUCCUAAGAAUGGGUGACGUUUGCCCCAUAUUUCUGAAGCAUCUCCGAACCUUUUCACUCCAUAAAAGAGGUAUAAGUGUUAAUGCAGUUCAGAAAUAUCAGCGAAGAGUUGUCGUAACUGGCGUUGGUGUCGUGUCACCGAUUGGCACUGGCACUCAGUUUGCAUGGGAGCAUCUGAUCCAAGGCAAAAGUGGAAUAGUUGCUUUACAAGGUGAAGAGUAUGAAUGUAUCCCUUGCCAAGUCGCUGCUCGUGUUCCAAGAGGGCAUGGAGAUGGUGAGUUCCUUGAGGAACGAUAUGUUUCCAAGUCAGAUGUAAAGACAAUGUCAUCUGCCACCGUUAUGGCUCUAGCAGCUGCUGAGCAGGCAAUCACUGAUGCCAACUGGUUUCCAAAGACUGAAGAAGAACAAGGGUCCACCGGCGUGGCGGUAGGCAUGGGAAUGGUUCCUCUUGAUGUCAUCACAGACACUGCCAUGUUAUUUCAAACCAAAGGGUACAAUAAAGUAAGUCCCUUCUUCGUCCCUAGGAUCUUAGUCAAUAUGGCCGCGGGACACAUCAGUAUUAAGUACAAGCUCAAAGGACCGAAUCAUGCAGUUUCCACAGCUUGUACUACAGGAGCCCAUGCCAUUGGAGACUCAUUUAGAUUUAUCACUCAUGGAGAUGCUGAUGUCAUGUUGGCCGGUGGGACAGAAGCUUGCAUCAGCCCCUUGUCACUUGCUGGCUUUGCCAGAGCUCGAGCGCUGAGUACUAGCUAUAACAAGACUCCAUUGAAAGCAUGUCGGCCUUUCCAUCCUGAGCGUGAAGGAUUUGUGAUGGGAGAGGGGGCAGCCGUGCUUGUGUUAGAAGAAUAUGAACAUGCGGUGGCAAGAGGUGCCAAAAUGUAUGCUGAGGUUCUAGGCUAUGGAUUGUCAGGUGACGCUUGUCAUAUAACAGCUCCAAGUUCAGAAGGUGAUGGGGCAUUCAGGUGCAUGAGGGCAGCCAUUAUGGAUUCAAAGUUACAGAUAGAAGAUGUGACUUAUAUUAAUGCUCAUGCCACCUCCACCCCCCUUGGAGAUGCUGCUGAAAACAAAGCUAUCAAAAGACUGUUUGGAGAACAUGCACAUUCGCUGGCGGUAUCUGCAACUAAAGGGGCUACAGGUCACCUGCUUGGUGCAUCAGGCGCUAUUGAGGCAGCUUUCACAGUUCUAUCGUGUCAUUAUGGUACAUUACCACCUACUCUGAACCUUGACAGAACGGAGCCAGAGUUUGAUCUCAACUAUGUCCCUCUUAAAGCUCAAGAGUGGAAAACUGGGAAGAGGCGUGUAGCUUUGAGUAACUCAUUUGGCUUUGGAGGGACCAAUGCUUCGCUCUGUUUUGGUAACCUGUGAAAAUAUAUUUUUGUAUUUGUAGAAGACAGAAUUGUAAUUUAUUUUGCAUAGAUGCUGAUUGUUCCCUUUUCUUACGGUUCUCCAAUGAAUACGUGUUAAUUUACUCUGUUAGAGCUAGCAAAACCAACAAGUUAUAAUUUGGAAUUAUAACAAAAAAUGGUUUGUCUAAAUAUUGCCGUUACAUAUUUGUUAUGGUGCCCCCUGGUGUUCUUUUGAUUCCCUAUGGAAAUGACCACCCAAUGUUUCCAGUGCUGGAUCCGCUUGUAGACUGGCGGCGGAGUGAUACAUGCUAUUGUACAGGCCAGGCCAUAGGCUUCUUCUCACCAACACUGAACACAUUAGGUGGACAUUCAGAAAGGGAAUCAAAACAACACUAGGGGUCGCUAUAACAAUUGUCAUAGCAAUAUCUAGACACCGGAGUAAACAUGUUACUCUCACGGAAGAGCCGUGGCCUCUUCAAACAGCUGAUCGCGAGGGUACUGAGAGUCAGACCCCCCACCGAUCGCAUUUUGAUGACCUAUCCUCAGGAUAGGAUCUCAAUAUUGAACUCCCAGAAAACCCCUUGAACUCAAAUUACAAUGUCAAAAGGCAGCUUUGUUACAUGCAAGAAGAAUGGUUAAUUUGAUCAUGUACAGUAAGGUCCAUUCACACGUCCGUAGU